GUCUGCUGCGAUUUCCCUCACGGCACCAGAAGUCUACUGCGAUUUCUCUCUGCGAUUUUCCUCACGGCACCAGGAGCAUAAUUCAAAGGUGAGAUGAAGGGAUAGACAUUGAUGUAUACUGUUCGAGAGAAAUUGUGCUUGAGGAGUUGUUGAAUGGAGAAAAAGUGCUCGAGCAAGAAUCUCACGCAAUGAAUGUCACAUUCUCACCGUAGCUGAUUAUCAAACCUAUUUGUGCACUUGUUCUUCUUCUGGUUCGAUCCCGCGCCUCCAAAGCAAAUAUCGCGGCCCCUUUUACCGGAUCUCCGGAGCUGUGAAGAUGGCGGCGAUGUCCCAGCUUCAAUUCUCCGCUAUUGCCGGCCUGAAUCAGACCCAGAGUCGUCAUUUGACCUCUCCAUGCCGGCGUCUUUUUUCCGGUGGCCAUGGAUCCUUGUUUUCAAGUGGGCACAGUGUUUCCAUUUCGGCCAAGCAGCUUCACUCGGAUUCGCUCCUGAAAUUGCCUUCCGUCUGUGCCGGCGGCACAGGCGGCGCCGGUAACACCGGGAUUGGAAGCGGCGGCCGUGGCGGCGGCGGCAGAGAUUGGAGCGCUGGCGGUGAUUCCGAUGACUCGGGAUCUUCUUCCGGUGACAAUCUGGGACCGAUCGGAGCCUUUCUCAGUGGGUGGAGAUCUAGGGUUGCCGCUGACCCGCAGUUCCCUUUCAAGGUUCUCAUGGAGGAAUUGGUGGGCGUCACGGCCUGCGUCAUCGGAGACAUGGCCUCUCGCCCUAACUUUGGCCUGAACGAGCUCGAUUUCGUCUUCUCCACCAUGGUCGUAGGCUCCAUCAUGAACUUCGUCCUCAUGUAUCUCCUGGCUCCAACCGCAUCAUCCUCUGCCUCCCAGUCCUUGCCUUCCAUCUUCUCCAGUUGCCCGCCGAGCCACAUGUUCCAGCCUGGGUCCUACGGCCUCGCCAGCCGGCUCGGCACCUUGGUCUACAAAGGCGCACUGUUCGCCACGGUCGGGUUCGCAGCCGGCCUGGUGGGGACCGCCAUUUCCAACGGACUGAUCAUGAUGAGGAAGAAGAUGGACCCGAGCUUUGAAACGCCGAACAAGCCCCCUCCCACCAUCCUAAACGCGGCAACCUGGGCAAUCCACAUGGGGGUCAGCAGCAACCUUAGGUACCAGACACUGAAUGGGAUCGAGUUCGUGCUGGCCAAAGGUGUCCCUCCAUUGGUGUUCAAGAGCUCAGUCAUAGUGCUGAGAUGCUUGAACAAUGUGCUUGGAGGAAUGUCGUUUGUUGUGUUGGCGAGGAUGACUGGUUCGCAAAGCGUGGAUGAAGGGAAGGAAGAAGGCGAAGAUUUGAGGGAGAAAUUGGUGGCCACUUCCGAGGAUUUGCAGACCAAUUCUUCGGCUUCCUCUUCAUCGGAGUGAUUUGAUCUGUAAGCUUGCUUUGUUUGUUUGUUUUGAUUCCCUUUUCAUCAUCAUCAUCAUGAUCAUCCCUUUACCAAGUCACAUAAAAUAAAAAAAAGGAAUGUAUGGCUUUAGGGUACACCAACACAUAGCUGCAGCCUUUUGAUAGAGGAAGAACAAUGUGCUACCACUACAUUCCAUUCCUCUUUAUUGUGCUCUUUUGAAUUGUGGUUGUAACCCUAUAUUGGAUGAUUGUUCUUGAGUUUAGUUCCAUGUUUAUCUAGAUGGGAGUUUUAGCUAUGGAAUGAAUGUGACUAUGUGAGUGAACAAUAUAAGAAUUCAUUAUAA